CAACCGCAGCACCGGUACGGCAGACCUACCUUAUCACAUCCCACACCGCAUUCCGGUAUUUUGGUCCUCAACGAAUUUGUUCGAAAUCUUAUCCCCCAUGAAAUACCCCGCAUCACAUCGCUGGCUACCGCACAACAUCGAAUGACGGUUCCCCUUCAGCGAGUCGGCUGCCUGGAGCUGAUUCUGGACACGCCAAGGGGUAGGUAACUGGUUGCCGGACACACUACUCUAUCCUGUUCCGGUGAAAAAUUUCUCCGUCCCUCCUCCCUCCCCCCUCGCCCACUACCCACCGCCGUCUCCACGGUUUUGAAAUCGGACUUGAAAGGCAAUGCAGGCUCAUGACUAAAUAAUUCACGCUUGCAGGGCGUGGGGUGUUUUCUACCCGUAAAAUCGAGGCUGGCACAGUCGUAGACACAGCGCCGGUCAUCAUCUUGAACAAGGAGCAAUUCGACAACUAUAUUCGGCACUCGCUGCUGCAGCAUUACACCUAGUAAAUGCCUCCUCCUCCUCCUCCAAAUCCCUUUGCUACUCCUCCUCCAUCAUCUUCCACAUCUACCUCAUUCAUCGUCAAUGAUACCCCCACACUUCGCUCCCAUUGGUGGAGAAACCUACCACGUACUCGAGCACCUGAUGCAUCUUCGAGCAAGUGUUGCUUAAAUCCUGCCACAGCAAUUGGCCAAUGGGCCACGGAACGACGAGGAAAUACACGAUACAUCAGGCAAUUGCUCUAGGGCUUGGAUCAAUGUUCAAUCACUCGUCGUGGCGGCAAAACGUCGGAUGGAAGCGAGAUUUGGGAAAAGAGGUGAUUGUUUAUACAGCUUUGCGUGAUAUAGCGGAAGGGGAAGAGCUAUUGAUAUCUUAUGGAUCACACCUUACAUUCGAGGAUGUCGAAGCGGCUCGGCUGGAGGAAGGCGAGGAGGACGUCACAGAUGUUUUGGCUCGAAUCGAUAUCUGAUGGAAAUUUUUUGGAGCAAAAAUUGUGCACUCUUGUACUCACAGUAUCUAUCUAAUAUGUAUGAUACCGGUAUGAUACCGUGAUUCGGUGCA